AUGGCACGCCUACGCCCAAGCUAUACAGAACAGCAGACUAUCCUCGACGCAGUUGGAAACACCCUCCCCAGAGAGAUCCUAGACCUGAUCUGCGCAUAUCCCCCACGCCCCCUGUACGGCAGCUUCGAUCUGACCCGAGAACUACACGUCGCCUGUCUGACCGACAACCUGGACCGAGUCACCGAUCUGUUACGCCUGGGAGCCGACCGCGAGUCCGUCAACCACGCGGGACUCAGCGCCCUCGACGUCGCCGACUUUCUGUACCGCGUCGAAGUGGUCAAGCGACUCAUGGCGGACGUGGACAUUGAGCGAGCCGGGGUGAUGCAGCUGCUGUACGCCAUUCAACGAGGACAUUCGACGGUUGUGCAGGCACUACUGGAGAUGGGAGUGAAGGAACACAUGGAUGAGGAUCUAUUUCGCGGCGUGUUCUUGAUUGCGUGCUCGUUCGGCAGUACGUUCGUCGUCGAUGCUCUUCUCAAAUAUGGACCAGGGAUCAGCGUCUCGCCCUUCGAGAACAUGUUCGUGCAGGUUGCGAUGGCUACGAAGAACGUUGCGGUUGCGGCGCGUGUGCGGGAGAUUGCUGAGGAGGAGAGAUGGCGCAUUGCUGCGGAGGCUGAGAAAUAUAUGCUUCCUGAGGUGGACAAUAUUGCAGAUCUGUUUUCCGACUUCUUGGACAAUGUGGAAGCGAUGAGCUCUGAAGAUGUCUCUCGGGGGAAGAAGCCCGAUAAUACUCUGUUGCAUGACGAGGGGCUGCAAUACGAUAUGCGCCGGCGUGAUGCCACGAUUACUAUCCUCCACUUCCGAGUGGGGGUGACAGGGAUUGCUCUGCUGGCUGUAGCGGUAGGCCUUGUAAUCGUGCACAUCACAGCCAAAGCCCUCUACAACAUCUUCUUCCACCCCUUGCGGUCCUUCCCAGGGCCGCCCAGCCAUGCCGCCUUUCGCUUCCCAUACUGCUACAAGCUCCUCCGGGGCACCUUCCCCUUCGACAUGCUCUCGCUGCAUAGACAGUACGGCGACGUGGUUCGUGUAGCCCCGAACGAGCUCGCCUUCUCGCACCCCGACGCCUGGCGCGACAUCAUGGGCCACCGCAUCGACGGCAGCGAUGAGAUGGGCAAAUGGGACCAGUUCUACCGCGCGGUACCGCAGACGCCGACGAGCAUCGUCAGCGCCGACCGCACCGAGCACGGCGCACUGCGUCGCCAGCUCUCGCACGGGUUCUCAGAGCGGGCGAUGCGCGCGCAGGACCCUCUCAUCACGGGGUAUGUCGACUUGCUGAUUCAACGGCUCCAUGAGAACUGUCGCGGCGGGGCGCAGACGGUGGAUAUGACGGCGUGGUAUAACUUUACGACGUUUGAUAUUAUCGGCGAUCUGGCGUUCGGGCAGCCGUUUGGGUGCUUGGAGAAGUCCGAGUAUCAUCCGUUUGUCCCGCUGUUGUUCAAGUCGUCGAGGAUGGGGAGUGUGGUGUUCUCGCUGUCGUUUUACCCGAUGCUGAAAAAGCUUGUUUUUGCGAUGAUCCCGAAGUCGCUGAUUCAGUUAUUUGAGGAUCAUCGGCAGGUGUCGAUUGAAAAGCUGCGUGAGCGGAUGAAACUGGAAGUGGAGAGACAUGAUCUUAUCGAGGGGCUGCUGAGGAAGAAAGAUGACCUGGUUUGUCUUGGAUGGAGUGUGUAG